AGCUGAUGAUGAGGCUCGACAAGAAACUGGUAGUCCUCAGAGCCGAGCAGGAGGCCGUGCGAGAAGAGGGCGAGGUGAAUGAGGCGUUGGGUGCACGAGUCGCCUCGCGGAUUUCCGCGGUCGCCAGGGCAGCGGAAGCUUCCAAAUAUCGACUUCACGUGGAGGAAGUCGGCAAGAUCACGAGUCUUCUUCUUGGUCUCAGCGGCAGAUUGGCUCGAGCGGAGAACGCCCUUUACGGAAUGCCAGCCGACCAUGCGGAAAGAAAAAUCCUGGAGAGCAAGAGGGACAAGCUGAUGGACCAGUUGGAGGAGGCGAAGAUCCUGAAGGGCAACAUCGACAAGCGAAGCGUGAACGUCUCCACGAUCCUGUCGAAGUACCUGAACGAGGAGGAGUUCGCCGACUAUCAGCACUUCAUCAACAUGAAGGCGAAGCUGAUCGUUGACGGCCGUGAGAUUCAGGACAAGGUGAAACUCGGGGAGGAGCAGCUAGCCGCGCUGAGAGAAGCGAUCGACUAGUCGUAUUAAAUGAACCGAUCGCGUAACCGAUCGCACGAGAAACGCGUGGCCGCGUUCUUAUACGCGCUCGAGCGCAUACCACUUAAGAAUCCACGUAAUUUUAAACCUCCCGACCAUGGAUGAACGAUAAGGAAUGAAGCGGGCGUCGCUCCACUUGGUUUCCCAGCGACUCGUCGAAGCUUUUGUGAAACGUACGCGUGAUCCUCGAAUCGGUGAACGGAAAGUGAUAAUCCCUAAUCGGUAGGUAAAAUCGGUAGCUUGAUGAAAUUGUUUUGUACAUAUAUAUCGUAUUCUUCGAGUCCUAGACGGACGAAGCGUCGCGGAGCCUUCUCGUCUGUCGAAAAGAAAUUGUGUCUUGAUUCUUGUAUCGGUACACGCUUCGUCGUGGUUUCUUUUGAAAGUGAGAAGUCACCGUUCGCGCGAGAAUCGAAGCUCCGAGCUCCAUCUCGAGACAGAGUGGCUGAAGCUGACGUCAAAUACUUUGGUCGUUCAAGGUCGUCGAAGUUAAUUCGACAGAUGUGCCACAGGCAAUCGAAUGAAUUUGAAAUUUAUUUUUGUUUCGUAUUAUUUCAAAGUAGUAUUUAGAUGCAAUACAUUAUUACCUACAAAUGAAAAUUCAUUAGGUAGUACGUUUUAAUAUUUACGUGUCUUUAUUUAUUCAUUUCUAAGGUAACAACAAUUUACACGUUGGUGAAUAUAGUUUUUGAUGAAUGUGCCCAAACAGAGGCCUCGAGCAGUCAAAAUAUUUGGCUCCGACUUCAGUCGUUAAAUUUAUACCGUGUUCUAGAUGGACAUAAUUCAUACAUAGAGAAAAAUAUCGAAUAAAGUUAUAAAAUUAAAUAUUUCAUUAUACUUAUCGUUAAACGAUUAAACGCUCAUCAUGAUACGUACUCGAUGGAAUAAACAUUGAGUAUAAAUUUGUUACGUAUGUCGUACGACAUGAUAUACGGUCAAAGGAACUCGCGCGUACAGGUGACCUCGACCGUUCGUUAAGGUACCCACCCACAGUCAAUGUAAUUAUAAAACAAUUAAACAUCCCAAUCACCCAAGUAGAAUUACUUGUCAACCAUUCGCAUCGUUCUAAGUCGAUCGAACACGAAGCUAAAAAUAUUGUUAUUAUUGCUGAUAUAAUAUCACGUCAAUGAUACUAUAUCGGUACAAAAUAACGUAAAAUUGACCGUGCGUGGGUACCUUCAAUCGCGUUCUCCGUGCGAAAUCGCGCGAUUCGUCGUAUCCGUUCAACUAUGCGUCGCAUGCGGGCGUUGAAAUCUCCGAUCGCUGUAUGGAAAUAUAUUUCGGCGGCACUGCGUUACACUGGACGAAUCAAAAUUUUAAUAUAUACUUCAGUGAGCCAGUUGUCUUUCUGAUUCGUUACGACGAGGUUUUUCAGUGAUUAAACCGCGGAACGACAUUUGCCGAGGAUGGUAACACGAUGUUCGUCCACUUCGCUGCCCUAAGCAGACACGGUUGACCGCGGGCGUGUACAGCAUACGGAUACGUUUUCCAUUUUACCUGGUUAACAUUAAUGAUUCGUUCGCGAUGGCGCGUGUCGCGGGAUACUUGACCUAGAAUUACUUCUGGUGCCUUCUUAUAUACGAUAUGUGAUAUAAGGGUAAGGAGUCACGUGGUCGUGAGAUAUAUCUGGAACGAUACAGGCAACCGAGCGACAUAGUAACAUGUAUAUAACGAAAAAGAUGGAGAGAAAGGUAGCUUUAAGCGGUGAUACAUUGUAGGAAACACACACACACACACACACACACACACACACACACACACA